CCGAAACAUGAUGAACCAGUCGCCCCUGUGGGAAUUCUUCCUCCCGCCGGCGAGCAAGACUCCGCUCCCUUUUGUGUCCCUCAGCCACAUGCAACUACAUCACUAUCCUCCUCCUCAGCAUCAGAAGUAGAAGAGGAGGUGAAAGAUGAAGAAAGAGCAGCAGCGGCUUCCGUUUCAACUUGGUCGAGACACUGUGCGGAAAACUUCUUUGCCUCCUUACUGAAUACAACUUUUUCACUUAUUCUGGUUGAAAGUCAAGAAACGGCGUGGAGAACUCCUGCUCCUCGCCUUUCAUCCUCGCUCCUAUUUUUCUGCCGAGUCAGCAGGAUUUCUCAACAUCUCCGACUGUGUUGUGAUCCUCGGAGACACACUUGACCCUCACAAGACUUCCUGGGCAAAACAAGGGAUUAACUCUUACACUCUGUCCUUGGAAAUGUCAAAUUCAAAGCGUGGCACGACGUUGGACUGCAACUAAGCACACCACCAUGGAAGCGGAGCGUGCACUAAAUGCCACAAUAAAUAGCAGUACAAUGGAUAGCCAGCUGGUCACACACAGUCUCUGGGAGGUGGUCACCAUAGCGACUGUGUCUGCCAUUGUCAGCCUCAUCACCAUAGUGGGGAACAUUCUGGUGAUGCUGUCCUUUAAAGUCAACAGCCAACUAAAGACGGUAAACAAUUACUAUUUGCUGAGCCUUGCGGCUGCAGACCUCAUCAUUGGCAUCUUCUCCAUGAACUUGUACACUUCCUACAUUCUGAUGGGUUACUGGGCUUUAGGGAACCUGUCCUGUGACCUGUGGUUGGCUGUGGACUACGUGGCCAGUAACGCGUCAGUCAUGAACUUGCUAGCGAUCAGUUUCGAUAGAUACUUUUCCAUCACUAGGCCUCUUACGUAUAGAGCCAAACGUACUCCCAGGCGGGCAGGCGUCAUGAUAGGUUUGGCCUGGUUGGUGUCGCUCAUUUUGUGGGCACCGCCUAUCUUAUGCUGGCAAUACUUUGUGGGGAAAAGAACCGUCCCCGAGAGACAAUGCCAGAUUCAGUUUUUCUCAGAACCCAUUAUAACAUUCGGAACGGCUAUCGCUGCGUUUUAUAUCCCCGUGUCAGUCAUGACCAUCCUCUACUGUCGGAUCUACAAAGAAACUGAAAAAAGGACCAAGGAUUUAGCAGAGCUUCAAGGAGCCAACCAGUCCGCGCAACCUGAUGUGACCAAGCCUCAAAUGAUCCGAUCAUGUUUUAGUUGUAAAUUAAGAUCCGGCUCGAAGGACUGCACUCAGGCCUCGUGGUCGUCCUCGUGCAGGAACCAAGCUGCCAAAUCCGCUGCCUCCAACACCGACGAGUGGUCCAAAGCCGGUCAGCUGACCACCUACAACAGCUACCCGUCCUCAGAAGACGAAGACAAGUCCGUGUCUUUUGGGAACCAGGUUUGUGAAGUCAGCAAGAGCGCGGCGGGGAGCGAAACGGAGCAGCUCAGCAGCUUCGACGAGGAAAACUUUUACCAAACGUCUUCCCAAAGCAACUCUCAAAGGAGUAGCAAGCGCGUGUCGUAUAAGUUCAAGUCCAAAGACACCCUCGCGCCUCACCCGAGCAAAAACGGUGACGCCAAAAGCGCCUUUUCUUCAGCCGAGUCCAUGAGCACUCAGGCCGCCUCUUCAGCAUCCAAGGACGUCACGCUAAAGAACCACAUGACCAAGAGGAAGAGGAUGGUGCUGAUUAAAGAGAGGAAGGCAGCUCAGACCCUCAGCGCCAUACUUCUGGCCUUCAUCCUUACAUGGACGCCUUAUAACAUCAUGGUGCUCAUUUCCACCUUCUGCUCGGACUGCAUUCCCCUGUCUCUGUGGCACCUCGGCUACUGGCUGUGCUACGUCAAUAGCACCGUUAACCCUAUGUGCUAUGCUCUCUGCAACAAGACUUUCCAAAAGACCUUCCGCAUGCUUCUCCUCUGCCAGUGGAAGAAAAAGCGGAUUGAGGAGAAACUCUACUGGUAUGGACAAAACCCAAUUGUUGGCUCUAAACUUUCUUGAACUAUUCUAGACUGUUUACAAACAUGAUGACGUAGAAGGCAGCGCUCCCUAAGGACCAGAUACAGGGACAUACAUUCUUGGGGUCAAAUUGUUUGGUUGGAAGUCAACUUUUGCGAGUAAAUACUGUAUGAGCUACUCUAGUAAAACCAGAAGCUUGGGCCAAAAACUCAAAAGUGAGAUUUUGACAGACUUUCCUAAACUGCAACGACAUUUAGAAUCAAUUAGAAUGAUCAUCCAUCCAUCCUGACACGCCUCUACAGCAUUGCGUGGACAUCGGGGACAGUGCCUCUGGAUUGGCAGACUGGGGUGGUGGUCCCCUGGACCGGAGGGUGUUUUCCAAUUAUAGAGAGAUCACACUCCUAAGUCUCCCUGGUAAAGUCUAUACAGGGGUGCUGGAGAGGAGGGUCCGUCGGGAAGUCGAAUCUCGGAUUCAGGAGGAGAAUUGUGGUUUUCGUCCUGGCCGUGGAACAGUGGACUAGAUCUACAUCCUCGGCAGGGUCCUCCAGGGUGUAUGGGAAUUCGCCCAACCAGUCUACAUGUGUUUUGUAGAUCUGGAGAAGGUGUUCGACUGUGUGCCUCUGGGAGUCCUGUGGAGGGUGCUCUGGGACUACGGGGUACCGAGCCCCUUGGUAGGGGCUGUUCGGUUCCUGUAAGACCAGUGUCAGAGUUUGGUCUGCAUUGCCGGCAGUAAGUCGAAUUUGUUCCCAGUGAGGAUUGGGAUCCACCAAGGCUGCCCUUUGUCACCGAUUCGGUUCAUAAUUUUUAUGGACAGAAUUUCUAGGCGCAGCCGAAGUGUUGAGAGGGUCCGGUUUGGUGGCUUCAGCAUGGCAUCUCUGCUUUUUGCAGAUGAUGUGGUGCUAGUGGCUUCAUCAAGCCGUGACCUCCAACUCUCACUGGAGUGGUUCGCAGUCGAGUGUGAAGCGGUUGGGAUGACGACCAUGAGGCCAUGGUCCUCAGUCAGAAAACGGUGGAGUGCCCUCUCCGAGUAGGGGAUGAGAUCCUGCCACAAGUGGAGGAGUUCAAGUAUCUUGGGGUCUUGUUCACAAGUGAGGGUAGAAGGGAGCAGGAGAUCGACAGGCGGAUCGGUGCAGCGCCUGCGGUAAAGCGAACUCUGCACCGGUCCGUAGUGGUGAAGAAGGAGGUGAGCGGAAAGGUGAAGCUCUCAAUUUACCAGUUGAUCCACGUUCUUACCCUAACCUAAUGUCACGAGCUGUGGGUCGUGACUGAAAGAACAGGAUCCCGGAUACAAGCGGCCAAAAUGAGUUUCCUCCGCAGGGUAUUCGGGUUCUCCCUUUGAGAUAGGGUGAGAAGCUCGGUCAUCCGGGAGGGACUUGGCGUUGACCCGUUACUCCUCCGUGUUGAGAGGAGCCAGCUGAGUUGGCUCGGGCUUCUUGUUCGGAUGACUCCCUGGAGAGGUGUUCCGGGCAUGUCCCACUGUUGGGAGGCCCCGGGGACGACCCAGGACACGCUGGAGUUAAGUGGUAGAUGAUGAGAUCCAUCCAUCCAUCCAUCCAAUAUCUUGAUGGUCCGACCCCCCAGUACAGAAGCUAACUCUUGGGACAUUAGAAUGAUCAAAAUAAUGAAUUUUUAAAAGGUAAUAAAAACAUAAGAAAAUAGCCAAAUAACCUUGAGCAAUGUUUGCUCUUCAAAAGUCCUGAACAACCAACUUUUACUCAAAUAAAUCAGACUUACAUUUUGAUCUUCUAGAGAAAUUAACACCACUAUUGGCAUCAGGUGCGCUUCAGUUUGCUACUGACAUCUGUAAUGCAAUGAAAGGUUCUGCCUAUAAAAGCAGUCUAACACAGCUUUAGGACAAAAUCCUAUGAGUGAACAUUUCUGAGGUGGGAGUUUAUUCAUUAAUCAUUUAGAAUACUGAUUUUAAAAAAUAUUCAUAAAAGACACACAUUACCUUCGAGGGGGGUGUCAUAUCUAAUUUUACACUGUUAACAUCUGCUUUCACAAAUGAUUAUCUUCACGCAUAAGCGCAAAUGUUCCAAAAUUUGUGAACGUGACACAUGGAAAAAUAAAACAAAACGCAGUACCGCACACUUCAUCUAUCAUUAUAUUUCAUUAUCCUGUGAUGGUGCCGUCUGAUUGAAAAUAAACCAGUUCAGAACUACCACUAAUUAAAUGACAAAA